UUGGAGAAAAGUGAUGGGAAUGUGGAGACUAAGGUAGUUUCUGUGAGUCCUGCAACAGAAGAUUGUGCCGAAGAGGCAAUUAAAGCUAUCAAAGCUGGAAAAGUUAUAACUGUGCCCACUGAUACAUUAUAUGGUUUUGCUUGUGAUGCUUGUUCUGCUGAGGUUGUGAAUCGUAUUUAUGAGAUCAAAGGACGUAAGCAUACAAGUCCUCUUGCGAUUUGUGUUGGCGAUGUUCAUGAGAUACAACGUUACGCUGUGACAGAUCAUCUGCCUCGUGGCUUGCUUGACUGCCUACUUCCAGGACCUGUAACUGUGGUCUUAAGGCGAUGUGAGUCAAGUAUCCUUGAGAAGUCAUUAAACCACAGACUAGACAACAUAGGGGUUCGACUUCCUGACUAUAACUUCAUCAGGAAAAUUGCUCGUGGUUCUAGAAGUGCCCUUGCACUUACUAGCGCUAACCUCAGUGGACAACCUAGUAGCAUAAACAUCAAAGAUUUUGAGAACCUUUGGGAGCAUUGUGCAUAUGUCUAUGAUGACGAAAUUCUUUCGGCUGGGCGAGCAGGAUCAACUGUGGUGGAUCUUACCAAGUUGGGAAAGUACAAGAUUCUUAGACCUGGGAGUGCCAAGGAAGAGACUAUUGCUAUACUUGAAAGACACUCCUCACUGGAAGAUGGAACUGGAGAUUAG